CCAAAAUUGAAUACCGUCGUAUGUGAGCUUGUCGCAGAACUGAGCUUUUUGCCUUGCCCUCAUUUCCUCGUUCGAACCGCGGAGAUCAUGCUUUCAGGGGACAUACCUCCUAACCAGACUAUAUAUGUUAAGAAUCUCAAUGAGAAGGUCAAGAAAGAAGAGUUAAAGAGAUCAUUGUAUUGCUUAUUCUCACAAUAUGGAAGGAUUUUGGAUGUUGUUGCUUUAAAGACACCCAAGCUUCGGGACAAGCUCAAGCUUGGUUGGGUUUGUUUUAGUGAAGUUACAGCUGCCAGUAAUGCAGUGCGACAAAUGCAGAACUUCCCAUUUUAUGACAAGCCAAUGCGAAUCCAAUAUGCCAACAAGUCAGAUUGCAUUGCUAAAGAAGAGGGAAGUUAUGUUCCAAGGGAAAAGAAGAAAAACAAGAGGAAAAAGGCUGAAAGAAAGCGACGCGCCGAAGAAGCUCAGCAAUCUUCUGUGCCUAAUGGUACGCAUGGUGCAAGUAAUGGUGGCCCAACGUCUGCCUUCCGCCAUGGAUCAGGUGCUCAAGAAGCAGCUGCUCCAAACAAUAUUUUGUUUAUAGAGAAUUUGCCUCACGAGACAACCAGCAGGAUGCUUGAAAUGCUCUUCCAACAAUACCCUGGUUUUAAAGAGGUGCGUCUGAUUGAGGCAAAGCCAGGUAUUGUUGUAGACUUUGAAGAUGAGGUACAGUCCUCCAUGGCCAUGCAGGCACUUCAAGGCUUCAAAAUCACUCCUCAGAAACCCAUGGUCAUAAAUUUUGCUAAAAAGUAGAUCAUUUUUCAGCUGCUAGUUGUAUUUUUCCAUCACUUGCCUGUGUGCAAAGGAGCACUUUCUAGUACUUUUGGAUACUCUACUCAAUAUAGAUAAUUAAGAAAGUAGCUGCAGUAGCGGUAGGUUACGGGAAAGUAAGAAAGCUGCAGGUGGGGCUAUGUGUAAUUUGAGGAUUCGACAAAACUGGCUGGUAGAUUGAGAAUUUAGAUAGUGCUGGUGUAAUGUCUGUGCGCGUAUGUGUAUUCAGAAAUUUCAUUUACACAAUUUCAUGUUUGCCUUA